UGAUAUUGCAAAAUAUUCAUCACAAGACAAGACAAGUUGCCCCAAACCCAAACGGACAUGUCUGCUAAUGUUGCUUGAUCUUUGCUUAAGUGCAUCCGCCAGCAACGUGUGUUCUCGUCUUUAGAGCGACUUGCCUCCCAAACCCUCCGGGCUGUACGGAAAAUGGCUGCCUCUGAGGAAACGACUCAGCCAAUCUGCAAGAAACACAAGGCUCCCUUGUGCCUGUACUGUGUGGAGAUGGAAGAACUGGCCUGUGAAAAGUGCAAAGAGGCUUCUGCACACAAAAAAUAUCGCUUCUGGACGGUUCAGCAGGCUGCUGAAGAACGCAGGGUGGUCCUCACAAUUUCUCGGGAGAAACUGCUGAAAAAGGUGGAGGGACAUGAGGAAGCUCACAGAGUCUUCACUGACAUGACCAAGCAUCUGAAGAGCCAGGCCCAGCAGACGGAGAGAGAAAUAAAAGACGAGUUUGAGAAACUCCAUCGGUUUCUGCGGAAGGAAGAGGAGGCCAGGAUCGCCGCGCUGAAGGAGGAAGAGAAGCAGAAGAGUGGGAUGCUGAAGGAGAGGAUUGAGAAGAUAACGAUGGAGAUGUCCUUCAUCUCAAACACAAUCAGCACCAUAGAGAAGGAACUGGAAGCAGAGGCCAUCUCCUUCCUGCAGAACUACAAGAACACAAUUGACAAAACACGGCAGUCCAUGCAGGAUCAACAAAGCCAGCCUGGUGCAUCCAACCUUUGGACCCAAUUCAUUGAGCUGAUGAAACCUCCAUUACCAGGCCAGGUCCAUUCUGAUACAGUGCAAAGGAUGUGCGAACCACCUCAGGAACCCGACCUCAUUACUGGAGCCCUGAUUGAUGUUGCCAAACACCUGGGCAAUCUCAAGUUCAGGGUCUGGGAGAAGAUGCAGGGGGCUGUUCAAUACACUCCUGUCACUCUGGACCCCAACACUGCUGCUCCAUGUCUCUCUCUGUCUGAGGGACUGACCAGUAUGAAGUUCUGUAUGGACAACCCUCAGCUCCCCGACAACCCAGAGAGGGUCACCCUCGGAGCCGUAAUUUUGGGGUCCCAGGGCUUCACCUCCGGGAAACACCAGUGGGACGUGGAGGUGGGGGACAACUCCAACUGGGCGGUGGGAGUGGCCGAGGAAUCCACUGAGAGGAAGGAAGAAACCGUUAGGAUUCUAGCUUUGAUCUACAGGAAUGGUAACUACUACCGUAGCAGUAGAAAGGGGCUCCUCUCAUUGCAAAAUAAGCCACAUAGGGUGCGGGUUGAGCUGAAUUGGGAUGAUGGAAUCGUGACAAUCUCCGACCCAGCCUGUUCUGGCCCCAUCACUGCCAUGAACUUCUCUCACACAGAGCGGCUGUUUCCAUAUUUCCAGAGCUCGUGUGAGGAACACCCUCUGCAGAUCUCUCCAGAGAAGGUCAGCAUCAGUGUCGGAGAUCCAAAGCAAGAGCAGGAGAAAGAAAAAAGUAGUUUCUUUUCCUGGAAACUUUAAUUGCUUUUAGCAUAAAAAUCUGUGUUCAACUUUUAAAUAUGUGAUUAGAAUGGUUUCAACUGAACUCUCCAUUGCUGAUGUAACAAUCAAUUUAGAAAUACAUUUUUAAACGCUAUGCUUCAAAGGGCUAGAAGCCAAAAAACAAAAAGUGUCAGAACUCAUACUGCCCACACCAGGAGGAUGUAGUAUUUGUUUUCCUUACAUACGUAACAUGGAAAUCAGCUGUGCAGCUGUUUAGUGCGCUACCAGUUUUCCAUACCAGAUUCCAUACAAAAUUGUAUUAUUUUCCUGUUUAGAAAUUGGAAAAUGUACAUUUAUAUAUUUUAAUCCUGUUGCUGAAUUAUUAUCAUGAAUACAAUAAAAAUGUGUCUGUUUAUU